AGACCAACUUCCAAACUGAAACAAGUGCAUUGGGACAAGCUGGACGACGUGACCAACACAAUUUGGAAGACUGUGGAUGACGCUGCCCUGUCGUCCAAACUGGAGGAACUGGGCGUUCUGGACGAUCUGGAGAGCCAGUUCUAUGCUGUCGAGAGCAAAGCGUUCAAGCCCAAAGCGGUGGUAGCCAAGAACACCAAGCGGAGCUUUUUGUCGCGCGACCUGCAACAGCAGUUUGGAAUUAAUCUGUACCAGUAUAGUGCGAUACCGGAGAUGGAGUUUGUGGCCAAGAUGCUCCGAUGCGAUCGUAGCCUGGUACAGAACUCGAGCUUAGUGGACUUUUUCUGCAACGACGCGCUGACGGAGAUUUCGCCGAAUCUGAUGCGAGAUUUUGCUCCGUAUUCGACAAACUACAUCCAGAAUCACAAGCCCAAGAAGGACCCAUCGGAGCUCGACCGUCUGGACAGAAUAUAUCUGGAAUUGUGUUUCAAUUUGCGCCACUACUGGACAGAAAGGUCCAAAUGCAUUUCAGUGUGCUACAACUACGAGCGCGAUCUGGAGGACAUGGCCCGCGACCUCCAGGUGUUGGAGAAUGCUGUGGAAGAGGUCCGCGGGUCCACAUCUUUGGUUCAGGUUCUGUACAUCAUCAAGGGCCUAGGCAAUUUCAUGAACGAUGCCUCGAAAUCGGCCAACGGGUUCAAACUCAGCACACUUCAAAGACUCAAAUACUUGAAAGAUUCGAAAAACACCACUACUCUGCUCAACUACAUUGAAAAAGUGAUCAGGACGCGGUUCAGUGAGUACGCGAAUUUUGCAGACGAGAUCAGCGCCGUCCAUAAAGCCCACAAUGUCUCGAUAGAUACUUUAGCAAGUGAAUUUAAGGAGCUGCUGCGCAACGUCGAGUUUUGCAACAACGCGCUCACGGACGGGUGUUUAAGCGACCCCGCGAAGCUGCACCCGGACGACCGCAUUAUGAGCUUCGCCAAGUCGCGGAUCGCUGUGGCGCAGACCAAAAUAAAAGAAUUCGACGCCAAGCUGACUAUCGUUAUUGACAGUUUUGAGCAGCUGAUGGAAAAAUUUGGGGAACGCGUUAAAGACGAAAGCGCGCGCACCUCGUUCUUCUCCAAGUUCAAACUGUUUGUGGACGAUUACAAAAAAGCCCAGGCUGACAACGCCCGCCUGGAAAAGGAAGAGAGAGCGUACGAGAAA